GCUUUAACUAGAAACUAGACGCUCAUUGGCUGUAGCAAGUCGCAACUGGCUGCUUGUGACUUCUGUAGACGAGGCUUCACUUGUCAGUGUAGUAAGGUUAUAUUUGUCAAGAGAAUAACUUUUUUUCAACCCACUGUUGAAUGAUUAACACGGGAUUAUCGUUACCGCGAAUGCGAAUGAUAGGAAUCCACUGAAGUACAAUUAAGGUCGUGAGAGAAGUAUGGGAGUACGAUUCUCUCUUUUUUUCUCUGCAAUGGAUAGUUGUAUCAGAAACCUGUUGAAAAGGCUGCAGAGAAGUCGCACUGUAGAGAAAACUAUAGUCCUGCUCAUUGCAGGAUUGGACAACGCUGGAAAAUCUACAAUACUGAAUCACAUUAGUGGUGAUUCAGAUCGAAACGUGUUACCGACGAUAGGAUUUCGGACAAUAUCCCUAAAGCACAAAUCAUAUUUCGUGAAGAUAUACGAUCUUGGGGGCAGCUCCCAGAUAAGAGGAUUGUGGCCUAAAUAUUACAUUGAUAUACAUGGCCUUAUAUACGUGGUGGAUGCUUGUGACAUUUCCCGCCUUGCAGAAAAUAAAGUUGUAUUUAACGAAUUAAUCACGCACGAGCAUAUCUCAACGAAACCAAUAUUGUUACUCGCUAACAAGCAAGACUUGAAUGGAGCCAUCGAUGAGUUGGAUAUAAUUGAAAAUCUAGACGUGGAACGAGCGGCCAAUGCCAUGAGAUGUCCGACGAGAGUAGAAACGUGUUCCUGUAUUUAUAAAAAAGAGCAGUCCAAGAGUAGCAUUACAGGCAUAAAGGAUGGAUAUAAGUGGCUGUUGGACAUUAUAGAGAAAAAUUAUGCCGUUCUGAACAGUAGAGUUCAACAGUCGCAAAUUUAUCAGCAUGAAAGCAUUCGACAGGCACAGUCUAUCUCGUCAAAUACACCAUCGAGAAUGUCUGUAGGUUCCAACCCUUUUAAACCCAUUGAGGAUCUUUUGGCAGCAAAGGAUAAAUCUUUAAUAAAUGAAUCAUUCAAUGGUACCAAUGACAGAAGAAGCAUUAUAAAAGUUUUUGAACGGAGAAAUAAGACUGCCCCUCUUCCGAUUGAACAAUUGACUAUCAAAUGCGAAAGUCUGUCACGAAAUUCUUCUCUUAAUUUAGAAACCGUUGGAGAGAAAAGUACACAAAUUGCGACUACAAUAUCAGAUCUGUUGAAUGUAAAAAUCAAUCAUAGUCAAAAUAAUACAGACACAGAACUAAUCCGUCCGUAUACAGCACCAGGAAGAUCGCAACAAUUAUCAACUAAUACAACGAUAAUUAAUAUUCCUGGUCAAGUGCCUCAAUAAUGUAUCUGUAAAUUUUGUACUUAAGUUGAAUGGAGAGAUGUAUAUAAUGUAUUACUCUAUUAAUAAAGUUCACAAAAAAA